CGGGGGGUGGAUCUGGGUCGUCGGCCCGCCCGCGCUCCCGGCAUGCCCCGCUGCUGGCUGCUGCGGGCGGCACUCGGACUUGGCCUUGGGGUGACUGCGGGGAUCCGGCGCGCUCCAGAUCCCCAGUUGAGCUUCCACCUGCUCCGAGGAUGUGAGUGGACUAUAUUUGGGAGCUGCUGGAAGCAUGGAGACUGUGGUGAUCGUCGCCAUAGGUGUACUGGCCACCAUCUUCCUGGCCUCAUUUGCUGCCUUGGUGGUGGUUUGUAGGCAGCGUUACUGCCGGCCUCGAGACCUGCUACAGCGCUAUGACUCCAAGCCCAUUGUGGACCUCAUCGGUGCAAUGGAGACCCAGUCUGAGCCCUCAGAGUUAGAACUUGAUGACGUUGUCAUCACCAACCCCCACAUUGAGGCCAUUCUGGAGAAUGAAGACUGGAUUGAAGAUGCCUCGGGCCUCAUGUCCCACUGCAUCGCCAUCUUGAAGAUUUGCCACACUCUGACAGAAAAACUUGUUGCCAUGACAAUGGGUUCUGGGGCCAAGAUGAAGACUUCAGCGAGUGUCAGCGACAUCAUUGUGGUGGCCAAACGGAUUAGCCCCAGAGUGGAUGAUGUUGUGAAGUCAAUGUACCCUCCACUGGACCCCAAGCUCCUGGAUGCAAGGACAACUGCCUUGCUCCUCUCCGUCAGUCACUUGGUGCUAGUGACCAGGAACGCCUGCCACCUAACAGGGGGCCUGGACUGGAUCGACCAGUCACUGUCCGCUGCUGAGGAGCACCUGGAAGUCCUCCGAGAGGCAGCCCUGGCUUCUGAGCCAGAUAAAAGCCUUCCCAACCCCGAGGGUUUCCUGCAAGAGCAGUCGGCCAUUUAAUCUGAAAGGCUCCAGUCUCUGCCCCUGCGUGGCUCUGCUGAGCCUUCCACUUCCUGUAGAUUUAGUUGUUCUCUGGAGUUCUGGCAUCUAGCCCUGGGUGCAGAGUAAAGCUGAGAGCCUCAUCCUGGAUGCCUUUGCUGCAAUGGCAACCAGUGGCUGGAGAGUGGCAGUGUAAUACCACAGUUAGGGGAGAUGCUGUUUACCUCUCCAGCAGAGUACAGGAAGCUGCAAGGCUCACUGAUAGAUUCAGUUCAUUUAAUGUUUCCAAGAAAACUGAGUUGCCUCGAAGAAUCAAGAGACUUCAUAUUAGAUUAGGAUUUCUGGCUUCUGAAAAUCAAGAGUGGCAACUCAAAUCUGCAUUAUGGAGAACAAUCAGAACGGAGCCCGGAUUGCCUCUUUGGGUGAUCCUUGAGCUCCCCUUGCUGGUUUGUGUUCAGUACUCUAUCCCUGAAGCAUCCGAGCCUCUUAGGCCCAUGUGUCUUCCCCUUUCCCUUUUUGUGUUAGAAGCUGAGGAAUACCAAGUUGAUUGUUUCUUUUUUGAUCACUAUGCCUGCAAUUUUACUUUACAACCACUAGGUGAUUAGUAAAUUUGUUCUUCUGUUUUCCUCAA